UUUGCCAGUGUGUAGUUACUAACACCAUAAUGGAGCUUUUCAAGUAUCUAUUUGGUGUUGUGGUGGUGGUUGUUUGGUUUUGUGAUGUUACUGCCCAGCGUCACUGGACGCCACCUCUGCAGAAACACCAACCUGCUCUUCCUUAUCAGAGGUCUCCGCAACAGUCGACGGUCCCUCCACCUGCAGAGCCCUUUGAUAAAUGUCAGGUGGAGGAAGUUGAGAAGAUCCAGUGUGGGGUUCCAGAUCUCACCGCUGAGCAGUGCGAAAACAUAAACUGUUGCUUUGACGGGCAGCAGUGCUACUAUGGGAAAGCAGUGACUGUGCAGUGCACCAGGGACGGCCAGUUUGUGGUGGUUGUGGCUAGAGAUUCCACUGUGCCACCGACAGAUGUGACUUCAGUCAGCCUGCUAGAAACAAAUGACGUCCUCUGCACCCCUGUUGGUGUCACCUCUGCCUUUGCCAUCUUUCAGUUCCCUGUGACUGCUUGUGGCACUACAAUUCAGGAGGAUGAUGGUUUUGUGGUCUACGAAAACCAUAUGUCGUCUUCAUAUGAAGUGGGGAUUGGACCGAGAGGGUCAAUCACCAGGGACAGUCAUUUUGAGUUAUUGUUCCAGUGCAGGUACUCUGGCACAGCUGUGGAGGCCCUUGUACUGGAGGUGAAUGAUGUCCCUCCCCCCAUACCAGUUGCUGCUGCAGGACCCCUCAGAGUAGAACUCAGACUAGGCAACGGAGAGUGUUACUCUAAAGGAUGCGUGGAAGAGGAAGCAGCGUAUAGCUCCUUCUAUGCUCCAUCAGACUACCCAGUCACUAAAGUGUUGAGGGAACCAGUGUAUGUAGAGGUACGUAUCCUGGACAGGUCUGAUCCAAACCUCAUCCUGAACCUUGAGCACUGCUGGGCCACCUCUACCCCGAACCCUCACAGCCUACCUCAGUGGGACCUUCUGAUCGAUGGGUGUCCUUACCAAGAUGACCGAUACCAGACCACAUUGGUUCCUGUGGAUGGCUCCUCUGGGCUUGAGUACCCAACACACUACAAACGUUUCAUCAGCAAGAUGUUCACGUUUGUGGAUCCGAACACCUUUACACCUCAGAAAGACACGGUCUUUAUUCACUGCAGUACAGUGGUGUGUUAUCCAAGUAACACAGACUCUUGUGUGCAGCAGUGCCACCGGCAACGGCGAUCGGUAGCUGCAGGAAGGAAAGUUUCCUCAAGCCGGAGAGCUGUAGUCUCGAGCGGUGAGGUGAUACUGACUGAUCAAAGGUCCACAUCUGCUCUGAACACCAAACUGAAGAGUUGACAAUCCACUGGCAGCCAUAUCUGGCCGUCACUUUUAAUAAAAGCUCGUUAAAGCUCA